AUGGCAAACAGGCAGCUCCAUAAAUCAUCGUCAUUUUCAUUUUCAAGAUCAAGAUCUCCAAUCUUCCUCCUCUUAACAAUCUCUCUUUUCGUUUUUUCUCUCCUCUUCUAUCUAUCUACCCGUUACCCAUCCGCCUCCCCAUACCCUAACUCUGAGCCGAAUCUCACUCUCAAACCCGAAACCUCAUUCGUCGCGUCCCUCGAGGACUUCCUCACUCACAGAGCAUCACCACCACCACCAUCAUCUCUGGUUCGUACAGUUAGCGAAGAGGACGUGUCAAGAUUCGACGACAAAUUGUUUUCUAAAGAGAGCGAGAGAUUUUACAGAGAACCAUACUACCCGUUGGAUUUGCCAAUUAGGGUUUACGUGUACGAGAUGCCGACAAAAUUCACCUACGAUUUGCUUUGGCUGUUUAGAAAUACUUAUAGGGACACUGAUAAUCUCACCUCUAAUGGCAGCCCCGUGCAUCGGUUAAUCGAACAGCAUUCCGUUGAUUAUUGGCUUUGGGCCGAUUUGAUUGCUCCUGAAUCGGAAAGGUUGUUGAAAAGUGUGGUGAGGGUUGAGAGGCAGGAGGAUGCGGAUUUGUUUUACGUGCCAUUUUUCACGACCAUCAGCUUUUUCUUAUUGGAGAAACAGCAAUGCAAGGCUCUUUAUAGGGAAGGUCUGAAGUGGGUGACAGAUCAGCCUGCAUGGAAACGAUCGGAAGGAAGGAAUCACAUAUUUCCUAUUCAUCAUCCUUGGUCUUUCAAAUCUGUUCGCCGAUAUGUCAAAAAUGCAAUUUGGUUAUUACCAGAUAUGGACUCCACUGGGAACUGGUACAAACCAGGACAAGUUUUUCUGGAGAAAGACCUAAUUCUUCCGUAUGUCCCCAAUGUGAAUUUGUGUGAUGCCAAAUGCACAUCAGAAAGUGAAUCAAAGAGAACCACCUUGCUUUUCUUCCGUGGGAGGCUUAAAAGAAAUGCUGGUGGGAAGAUACGUGCAAAACUUGUUGCAGAACUAAAUGGUGCUGAGGGUGUGGUUAUAGAAGAGGGAACAACUGGAAAGGGAGGGAAAGAAGCUGCUCAAAUUGGCAUGCGCAAGUACAUUGGAUCCUUGGCUCUCUUUCUUGAUCUAGCUGGUGAUACACCAUCUUCUGCCAGAUUAUUUGAUGCUAUUGUUAGUGGGUGCAUCCCAGUUAUAGUUAGUGAUGAACUAGAGCUGCCUUUUGAAGGAAUACUUGAUUACAGAAAGGUAUCCUCUGAUGUUAAGGCUUUAAUAGCUUUAUUUGUUUCUUCCAGUGAUGCCGUACAACCGGGUUGGCUAUUAAAAUUCUUAAAAGGUGUUAGCCCUGCUCAAACCAGGGGACUGCAAAGAAACCUUGCCAAGUAUUCAAGGCACUUUAUUUAUUCCAGUCCAGCUCUACCCCUUGGACCUGAAGAUUUGGCGUGGAGAAUGAUGGCUGGUAAAUUGGUGAACAUCAGGCUUCACACAAGGAGGUCGCAGCGUGUGGUGAAAGAGUCAAGAAGUGUAUGCGCUUGUGAUUGUAAACGUGCCAACUCUACUGGUCCCAAUCCUUCAUAA